UUGCUAUCCGCUAGAAGUGUGGCUUGUAUGUAUGGUUUGUUGCUGUUCUCACAGCUAACAUAAAAAAAAUAUAUAUUAUAUAUUUGAUUAAAGGCGUUGUCAGUGCAUGUUCAGUCAACGGAACGUGCUGGUUUGUUGUGAAGAAAGCAGCCAACUAGCAAGUUAUUUACGACCAGUAAAAUCACAAAUAGAUCGGUGUGUUAAAGCAUCGCCAGACAGCGGUAUAAUGCUAAUGACUCACAGCUGUAGCUGGCCAACUUGAGUUUGGGUGUUUUUAACAGGUUGACAUGUUCGCGCGUCACAGCAUCAUCAUAUCAGUCAGAGGGAUUUGUGCGCUGCGAAGAGGGUUGGCUGCAGCCUGCAUAGCUGAAAGAGUUGCUCAAAAUCUCCACGCUGCAAACAGGUUGAAUUCAACCACAACCACUCGUCAACAUACCUUCCUACUCUCAGUGUUCGCCGGGAGACGGGUCAAGCUGACCGACAUGCUUCCGGCCAGCAUUGGCGGGGCAGGUAGCGACGCUGGGGGUCUGGAGACUGUCACGGUGCACGACUGUGGCCCGCUGUCAGUGUCAACAGGGGGAGCUGCACCGCUCCUAUCCGGACCCGGAGACUGUCAUCUGCAGCACAGAAUCAAGGAGGCAAGCGCCACAGAUGGCAAGGUGAAGAGGACCAAUCCUAGAGCCAAAAGGGCUCGGGGCCGGAGACAAAAGGAAUGUCACAGUGUGAUGUCCGAGCUGCCAUUUAGCUCUGCCCCUUCCUGGAAGGAUCUUGGAUUCACCAGCCCCGAGGAGAAGCAGAGGAAAAGGAGGAGAGGAGAGAGUGGCCCAGUGGAAAGUGAGGAGGAUGCUGAGAAGAAGAGACUGAAGAAGGAGACUCUGAGGCCAAACUAUUUUGUGUCCAUCCCCAUCACUAACAGCAAGAUCAGUGAGGUUGUAGCUGAUGUCCAGGAGGCGGUGCUUGAGAAAGACCCUAGGCUGGGGCGCGUCAUGAUACCAAUAGGAACUCUCCACCUCACUCUGCUGGUCACGCACCUGGCCAAUCAGGACCAAGUAGACCUAGCGGCGUCCGCCUUGGCCCACAUGGAGGCGGGGCUAGCGGGGUUGCUUGGGGGGCGGGACCUUGUCCUGCCAUUCUCUGGCAUCGGAACCUUCAGGAACGAGGUGGCCUUUGUGGAGCUGGUACCUGGAGGCCACACACACACCCUGGCACAGCUAGCUGACUUGACGAGGAAGGCGUUUGAGGAGAAGGGUUUGUCUGCAGGAGACAGCCGAGAUUUCAAACCUCACCUGACCUUCAUGAAGCUGUCCAGAGCUCCAAAACUACGAUCCCAGGGUGUUAAGAAGCUGGAUCCAGGGCUCUACUCGUGCUUCUCCCAGCAGUGUUUUGGAGAGGAGAGAGUGGUCAGGCUGGACCUGUGCUCCAUGUUGAAGAAGAAGACCCACGAUGGAUACUAUCACACAGACGGCUCCCUCCACCUCAAUCUAUUUCACACCACUCCUCGCGCUCGUUCAAGUGGGAAGAAGGGGGCGGAGCCAGAUGAUGCAGAGCUGCAGCGAAUCAGCAGGAAGUUGGUGGAGGAGGCGGUGUUUAAGGCUGUGCAGCAAUACAAGGAGGAAGCGCAUCAUCCGAACGGGGGCGGUCCCACAGAACACGCCACCCCCCCCCGCAGCUGACAACCUAAACACUAAUGUCAUUGCUAUGACAACAACAGACACGAACCCCAGCAAGUGACCGUGGGUCAUCCAGCCAGCCAGACCCAGAGGCUUAAACAGCCAGCAAGCAAGCCAGCUAACCAGCCAGCCAGCUAACUAGCCAGCCAAAUCUAUACUCUAAGGCUUGACAAGUUUACUAACAGCUAACCAGUCAGCUGGCUGAUCAGUCUGUCAGUUAACCAGUCGCCCAGCUAACUAGUCAGCCAGGUAAUCAGUCAGCCAUCUAAGUAGUAGAGUUGACAGGAAGAGUGGAGUGCCCAGCGUAGGAGGAGUUGAAGGAGAACUGAAGACCUUUUGGAUUACUGACCCUUCAAUACAGCUGUACUGUCUCUGUUUCCCUGACUGCACACCACCUCCCCCAAUCCCUCUGUCUUAUUGGGCUGACCCCAGACCAGACACCCCAGACCAGGCACCCCAACCUGACCCCAGACCAGACACCCCAGACCAGGCACCCUAACCUGACCCCAGACCAGACACCCCAGACCAGGCACCCCAACCUGACCCCAGACCAGACACCCCAGACCAGGCACCCCAACCUGACCCCAGACCAGACACCCCAGACCAGACACUCCAACCUGACCCGAGACCAGACACCCCAGACCAAACCCUGGGUCUGGAGGAACAGCAGAUUCCUCUCCAGGUCAGAGGUUAGUGUACAUCUACAUCCACCUGAUGCUGUGCUAAGACAAUCACCUAGCUAGAACAGCUGAACCCUGACUCCUGACCUCUAACCCCUUACAUCCUAACCUUUCACUACAUAAUAGUAGUGUGUGCGGCAGACCUGAAGCUGUACCCACUGUCUGAUCAUGCACACUCUAAAAACCUAACAACACGCUGUGAGCCAUGUUUACAUCCUUUCUUACCCCUGUAUCCUCCUGGGCUGAGCUGUCAUGAGGAGGAUGAAGAUGGUGACAAGGAUGAGAGUUUGGUGUGUGUUUGUUUAUCUUUUGUGGGACAUAUAGUAUUUCUUAUUCUCUAAAAGACUAGAGGAAGGACAGGGUUUUUUUCCACACUUUGAAGAAUUAGUCUGGAGAUUUCUGGGUAAUGGAGUUUGACUGCUCCUUGCUGGACUCACUCCACCAUUACAGUGGUCAGCACAAGGUGAGCAGAGCUAGACCUAGCAAGAACACUACACACAGGACAUGCUACAGACAAUGCUGUUGAAUUAAGAGGAAGGCUUUAGUACCACAAACUGUAAAGUACAUUUUAUAUUUACCAAGAGUGAUUUUUAACACACAAAAAAAAUCUGUUUCUGUGCAAAACAAGAGCAACAUUUAAUGCAUUUUGGUUUUUAUUCAUUUUUAUAUGAUUUAAUUUCUGAAGAAACCAAGGCUAAAAUAACCACUAGUGAAGUGGCCUUAAUCUUGGAUUAUGAGACAGUGCUGGGUGUCAGACCUGGCUGGAAGGUCCUUUCAGUUCCUCCCUGUACUAUCACCACCAGAACCUUAACCUGUCUGUCCACCCUGACACAUGCUGUGUGUGUGCCUGUGCGUGUUAAUUGUUCGAAUGUUAGUUUUUGUAUGUAAGUGUGUGUGUUGCUCGGGUGGGUGUCAUAGUGUGGAAGGGUGUGAAUCAAAGCAUGUGUGUAUUAAGGUGUGUGCAUCAUUGUGUGUAUCAUGUUCAGCCACAUUUGACAAAUAAAAUCAGUAAAUGAAGUUGGAGCCAAUA